UAACGGCAUUCUGGGUCGUUAAUCUCUUUGUAGAAUCGUUAAUUACCUGUUAGACUUGCAACAGUACCUAUAUAUCUUUCAUCACUUUCCCCGGAGGGAUUUCGUGUAGUGCCGCUUGAAACUGAGUAAAUAUAUUCACCACACCACGACCGUAACCGCUGUGAAAUGAUGUGUUGCUUUCUGUUUGGGCGAUGAAAGGGCCUUGCUCAUUUUGCUGAUUCUGUAAGUUGUGCUUUGAAUUAGAAGGACAAAAAAUUGUUCGAAAAGAUCGUAUGGAACUGAUAUACGUUCAAAUCUGGUAGAUGUUUCGCUCCUCUCUUCGCACAGCAAGUGACUUGACACUUCUAACUCGUCCUUAUCAUUUUACGACUGAAGUCAAGACGUCAUUUCCUGUGCUAUCCUGUUAGCGAGGUCCGGACACCUUAAGACAGACGAAUUGGUGGACUGAACUAAAUCAUCGUAAGCCGGCACUCGUAAAUUGUUAUAUCAGCCUUUCAAGAUGAAUGAAUCUGGAACAACCGCGAUCCCCGAUAAUUACUCGGACGCCUUUUACAACGACACUUUGGAUUACUACUACGAAUGGUCAUCGGACGACCAGAAGUUUCUGAACCUGAUAAGGAUAGUCGUAUCAAUUGUUUUCAGUCUCAUCGUCAUAAUUGGAUUCGUUGGAAACUUAUUAGUUAUCAUUGUUGUUGUCUCAAAUAAGAAAAUGCAAAACACUACCAAUAUCUUGAUAGUAAGUCUGGCUGUAGCAGAUCUAUCAUUUAUUAGUUUUUGUGUGCCUUUUACCGCCACUACAUACACGAUGUCGCGAUGGCCAUUUGGAGAUGUCUGGUGUAAAAUCGUCCAAUACCUAACUUACGUAUGUGCGUAUGCUAGCGUGUACACACUCGUUUUGAUGUCGCUGGACAGGUACCUGGCUGUCGUGCAUCCAAUCACAUCCAUGCGUAUCCGCAACAGUCGUAAUACUUACAUCAUGGUCUACCUUACUUGGAUUAUAAUGCUUGGAGGAAAUAUACCAGUCAUCUUUGAAUUUUCCCACAAAGAAUUUAACGACAACAGUAACAGAUCAAGUUGUGUGGAUAUUGAUUUCUUUAAAAGUGAUUACCGUUCCUCACAACCAUUCUAUGGAUGUUUCUUUGCUUUUGGUUAUGUCAUACCACUGACACUAACAUGCAUUCUCUAUGGUUUCAUGAUCAAACGGCUUCUUUAUGGAGUUGUUCCCGGAGGAAGCCAACGCCCCGACAGCAUGAGGACGAAAAAACGUGUUACACGAAUGGUAGUGAUUGUUGUCGUAAUCUUCGCAAUUUGCUGGCUGCCAAUUCAGAUAAUAUUUGUACUGAUUAGUUUUGGACAUGUUGGGACGAACUCUCAUUUUUUUGUCGGAACUUUGAUUGCGUCUAAUUGCCUGGCGUACAUGAAUAGCUGUGUUAAUCCAGUACUGUACGCUUUCCUGUCCGAAAACUUUCGUAGAAGUUUUAGAAGACUGUUAUGUUGUGCAAGCGACCCUCUCAGAUCUAGGCAGUAUCAGGGGGUCCAGAGCACAGGAGUCGAGAGAACGGAAAUGACGUCAGAAAUUUGAAGACUCGAGAUGAUCACCAUCUUCUAAAUUGAAAGCUAAGGUUUCUGUGUUUCCAUUUUGAUAUUGUCAUCUCCUUUGCUUUUAGAAGUAGAAACAGAGGAAUGCGUUUCGACUAUUUAUUUCUUCAAAUCAUUUUAUUGUGAUUCCACCGUUUAUUAAAAAUAACAUCGUUCUCCCUCUCUAACUCCUACAUUGUAUCAUGCAUGUUGAAUUAGUGAUUAAAAACGAUUAAUAAUAAAACAAAAACAUUAGAAUCUAUAGUGCUAUAUUUUAUAACGCUGUAUGAAAGUCAUUUCGAUAUUUCAGUAGUAGUUUUGUUGACACGAUUAUAUUUUCCGAAAAUAUUUUAGCAUAUUUACUUGACGUCAUCCACGCAUGCGCAAUUCCUCAAAUAUGAUGUAAAAAGUGACAUAAACCGAACGGAAUAAUGGUCCCUGUGACAUUCCGCCCCAUUUCCCGUUUUUAUUGUUUCGUUGUUUAGAUAGACCUUUUCUCAACAUUGUAGUCGAUCCUUCUAAUGAUAAAAACGUUAAUUAUAAGUCAUAUUUACAUAGCUAAUUUAUUUAUUGUUAAAUGUUUUCAUUGUCUUCAUUAUCAAAUUGCACAACGAAAUAACAAACAGGACUAUUGAUAAAUUUGUUCUAUAAUAUAAAUUAUGUAUGAUUGGUAAUAACUCCCGCAACAUCAAGUUAACUAUUCCAGCCAUUAUAUAAAUUUCUAAAUCUAAAUGAUUAUUUAUUUGAUAUAUUUCAUUGCCAAAUCCUGAUUUUGUUUCUUUCUUAUCGCCGUUUGUACAAUACUUAUCAAAUAGGUUAUUUCUGUAAAUGCCUUUCUCUCCGAAAGUAUAGGUUAUUAAAUUGCACACGCUUAAACAUUCUCGAAUUGCAUACAUCGCAUUUUUACGACUUUUCAAAAGUAAUCGAUCAACUAUAUUGCUCAUGGAAACCAUACAUAAUGUACGUAGCCAUAGAUUCUGAAAUCAGUGAUUACAUAGAUUUGUGUUAUAACCAUGACAUUUUCUAUGAUGGAAACGUUCCUUUUUUCCCAGUGGGUUUCAAAGUUUAUUUUUCGUUCAUGCAUACGUAGCACAUAGAACUUACGUCAAUAGAUUAUUUCAUUUGUAUGGUUAUUACAAUUUAUCAUUUGAUCCAUGCCAUACAGUUUUAUUUUGAAUCUUGUUAAUAUUACAUCACAUUAUCUAUACAACAGAUUCUAUUGAAUAGCGUAAAGCUUUUCAAAAGUCAGGAAAACUUUUGUUUUGUUUUUGCAAAGAAUCUUUGUAUGCGUUGUCUAAUGCUUAUGUGAUUGUUCUUUUACAUCAUAUUUUAGAUUUCUUUGGAAGUUCUUCGAUGUUUUGUUUCACUGAAUUUAUCACCAUCAAGCUAAUUUGCAUUUUGGAAGCAUCCAAAACAAAAUGUUUGAUUGAGUUGUAAAUUGUGCAGGUAGAAGUGGUUUGGUAAUAUUGAUGUUACAUGUAUGUAUCAAGAUGAUAUUAUAUCACAUAUAUAGCAACAUAUUUUGUAUAAUUAUCCUUUGUUUUAAUUUAACAGGACAUCACACAAAUGUUAAAAGUUUAAUAUAUCUGAACAUUUUAUUAGCGAUAUGCAUUAUAGGUUAAUUAGAAAACAAUGUAUAACAUAUUGGCAAAUAAUGAUAUAGACCAUCAGUAUAAGUAAAAAGGUAUAUACCUCGUCAGUUGAAGGAUAACUAGUUAUCUAGUAAAUUGAUUUGAACAUGUUGUUUUACAUUUUAAUUUCAAUAAGAUGACGUUUUAUAAACGUAAUAAUUUACGAUUAAGUGGUAUGAUUUACACCAUUUUACCGAUAUACACAAGAUAUAUUAUGGUCAUUGAAAUAUUGGUCAUACAUUAUAUACAAUUAGUACAACUUAGAGACAUGAGUAAUUUUUUUAAUGGAUGAUUUUAAUAUGUGUGAUCAUUGUAUGAUAAAUAUAUAAUUGAUAUGCGUAGAAUAUGAAUAUAUUAUAUACAUAUAUCAAGAAAAUGUUCUGCAGUGCGUGACGAAAUCACCUUACAAGGAACUCACUAUGACAACGUGUUCGCUUAUAUAUAUAUGUAAGUGAUCCGUAGCUAUAUAUGUAGUAUAUCUUAUUUUAUUCUCUCAUUAUGGUUCAGUGUUUGGUUGGUGUUACAAAUGUUUAUUGUGAAAUAAAAUUUUGUGAAAUAAGAUUAA